AUGGGAUCAUCCAGGUGGAGGGUGGCAGCUGCGGUGUUCCUCAGUCUACUAGGCUCCUUGUCACUUGUCGAAGGAGAUGAGCACGAACACACAUACACAGAUAAGGAGGAGAUAGUAUUAUGGAUGAACACAGUAGGGCCUUACCACAACCGACAGGAGACAUACAAGUAUUUCUCUUUACCCUUCUGUGUGGGUGCAAAGAAAACCAUCAGUCACUACCAUGAAACACUUGGAGAAGCUUUGCAAGGAGUGGAACUGGAAUUUAGUGGCCUUGACAUCAAGUUCAAAGAUGAAGUAUUACAGAAAACGUAUUGCGAAAUUGAGCUGGACAAAGUCAAACGGGAUGCUUUUGUAUAUGCCAUAAAGAAUCACUACUGGUACCAAAUGUACAUCGAUGACCUGCCUAUCUGGGGUAUUGUUGGAGAGGCAGAUGAAAAUGGAGAAGAUCACUACCUGUGGACUUACAAGAAAUUGGAAAUUGGCUUUAACGGCAACAGAAUUGUUGAUGUCAACCUAACUAGUGAGGGCAAAGUUCGACUUGUGCCUAACACAAGGAUUGCAAUGUCUUACUCUGUGAAAUGGAAGAAGUCAGAUGUGAAAUUUGAGGACAGAUUUGACAAGUACCUCGAUCCAUCCUUCUUUCAGCACAGGAUACAUUGGUUCUCUAUCUUCAACUCCUUUAUGAUGGUAAUCUUCUUGGUGGGUCUGGUGUCCAUGAUUUUGAUGAGAACCCUCAGAAAGGAUUAUGCCAGGUACAGCAAAGAGGAGGAAAUGGAUGACAUGGACCGCGACCUGGGAGAUGAAUACGGCUGGAAACAGGUGCAUGGAGACGUCUUCCGGCCCUCGAGCCAUCCGCUGAUUUUCUCUUCACUCAUUGGUUCCGGCUGCCAGAUCUUCUCUGUAUCUCUCAUUGUCAUAAUUGUAGCAAUGGUUGAAGAUCUGUAUACAGAGAGAGGAUCAAUGUUGAGCACAGCCAUUUUUGUAUAUGCCGCCACAUCCCCUGUCAAUGGCUACUUUGGUGGAAGCUUAUAUGCCAAACAAGGAGGAAGAAGGUGGAUCAAGCAAAUGUUUAUCGGGGCCUUCAUGAUCCCAGCAAUGGUGUGCGGAACUGCCUUCUUCAUUAACUUCAUUGCAAUCUAUUACCACGCCUCCAGAGCAAUCCCAUUUGGCACCAUGGUGGCAGUUUGUUGUAUCUGCUUCUUCGUCAUUCUGCCGCUAAACCUGGUGGGAACAAUUUUAGGGAGGAAUAUUUCCGGCCAGCCAAACUUUCCAUGCAGGGUGAACGCCGUGCCGAGGCCGAUCCCAGAAAAGAAAUGGUUCAUGGAGCCAGCUGUCAUCGUCUGUCUAGGUGGAAUCCUUCCUUUCGGUUCCAUCUUCAUUGAAAUGUAUUUUAUCUUCACAUCUUUCUGGGCCUAUAAAAUCUAUUAUGUGUAUGGCUUCAUGAUGCUGGUCCUGGUUAUCCUUUGCAUUGUGACUGUGUGUGUCACCAUCGUGUGCACGUACUUCUUGCUCAAUGCAGAGGACUACAGAUGGCAAUGGACAAGCUUCCUGUCUGCUGCAUCCACGGCAGUUUAUGUUUACAUGUAUUCAUUUUACUACUAUUUCUUCAAAACUAAGAUGUACGGGCUGUUCCAGACAUCCUUCUACUUUGGUUACAUGGCUGUGUUUAGCACUGCUCUUGGAAUCAUGUGUGGUGCAGUUGGAUACAUGGGAACAAGUGCCUUUGUGAGGAAGAUAUACACAAAUGUGAAAAUAGACUAA